GCAUCGUCCCAUUAGCAGCAGCCUCAAAGCUCAGAGCUUGCUUGGCAAACUUUGGUAAGGUUGUUCGGGGGGCUGCCUAAGAAGGUCCGAAUCGCGUUAGCUUUGGCCGUGCUGUGCCGCUCCAAAUACGUUUCGCGCGUCAUUACGAGUGAUCGUCGGUGCAUUACUCCGCCCGCCAUCAAUCAAUCAAUGCAUUCAUCAUCUGCUGUUUGAUUCCUUAUUCACUUCAUUUCUUGAUUGCUCCUUCUCCAUCUCAUCCACCCAACCACAACGCAACCGCGGCUGUUGCCAUUGAGAGGAGAGAUCAUCGUGACACAGAGCAAGCAAUCAGGACACAAGCUAGUUCCGUCAAGGCAGGUCCUCGGAACACGGCGUCAUCCAAAUUAUCCUUUCCCCGACUUUGCACCACCCCAACCUCUGUUACCCGCCAAGCUUAUCAGUCCCAACCUAGGGAUUCAAGUUCAAGUACCUUACUCUUUCACCGGUACUACUAUCCUUUACGUACGGUACCUACGGUACUUUGCCUAACCUAGGCCCCUACCCUACUCACCUACCAUUACCGGUAGUGGUAAUUGCCGGAAGGACAGACAAGGCUCCCCUCACCAAUGGCAUCCCCGGCCGCAGAUCCACGCGUGGACGACACUCGGAGCCACGGCCAUGCUGGCCGCUCUGCAGCUAAUGAGUCCACCCCACUGCUGGCUAGACAGGACGAGGAGUCGAGAUCCUCGCAGCCUGCCCUCUGGGAGAAAAUAAAAGCCUGGAGGCGCGACCGGGCAGUUCUCGCCGCCCUGUUGCUUCUUGUCGCUGUUGCUUUAGUCGUCACCAUAGUUGUGCUUGCUGUCAACCCACGUGGCAGCAGCAUGAAUUCCUCAGGCGCCCUUUGCCUGACGCCCGCGUGCGUUCACGCCGCCUCCGAAUUCCUAUAUAACCUCUCGCCAAAGUAUCAACAGCUUGAUGCCUGCACCAACUUUGACGAGAUGGUCUGUGGCGGGUGGCGGCAGGUUCAUAGCUUGAGGAGUGACCAAGGUCUGGCCAAUGCCCUCUCCUUGAUGAGUGACAAUGGCCAGACCCUGUUGCGCACCAUCCUCGAGAGCCCCUAUCCUGACCAGUCGACACACUCCAACUUCUCUCCCAGGAACCUCGCCGUCGACCCCGCAGAUAUUGAUCGUGAGAACUUUAAUCAGCUGCAGCGAGCCUACAACUCAUGCAUGGCUGUCGACGAGCUCAAGAAAGUCGGCAUAGAGCCCAUCCAGGUGGUUCUUUCCGAGGUCUCGUCCACAAUCAAGGAUACCAAGGACCUUUCUGAUACUAUCCUCUACAUGGAGAAGCUUGGAAUUCCUCACUUUGAGAACCUGGGCGCUUCCGCCGACGACAAAGAUCCCAAUGUCAUCGUGAUAUCUGCCUCGCCACGUACUGCUCCUGGUCUCUCCUCAAAAGCCUACUAUUCCGACGACAGUGUUGUAUCAGCCUACCAAGACGCCAUGCAGCAGGUCUUGAAGUCUGUUCUUCCCAAUGCUACAACGGAAGCUAAAGGUCUUGCGGAGUCCAUCGUCAAGCUGGAGAAGGAUAUUGCCGCUAUCACCCCGAGUUUGUCUCAGCUUCGAGAUGUCACCAAGACUUACAAUGUAAUGUCGCUUCAAGACACUGCCAAACUUGCCCCGCAACUUGGCAUCGACAAGGUUUUGAAGGCUCUGGCUCCGUCCAACUACACGAUUGACCGCAUGAUUACUGCCUAUCCUGAAUUCUUGGGCAACGUCUCCCAAAUCUUGAGCUCCACCAAGGCUGAAACAGUCAAGGGUUUCUUGCAGUGGAAAGUUAUUCAGGCUCUGGCGAGCGCCGUCGAUGCCCCAGAGCUCAAGCCCUUGACCCAAUUUAACAACAAGCUAGGUGGUAGAGACCCUGACGCGACCCCUGAACGGUACAGGACGUGCCUCUCUGCUGUCGACUCUGGGCUCGGCUGGACCUUGUCACGCUUCUAUGUCGAAGCUGCUUUCUCUGCGAAGGCCAAAGAUCUCGGAAAUCAGGUCAUCCUUGAUAUCAAGGAUGUCUUUAGUGGAAGGAUCGACGCUGCCGAUUGGAUGGACAAGGAUGCUCAGAAAGUCGCCAAGGAGAAGGUCAAGAACAUUGUGCAGAAGAUAGGCUAUCCGGAGCAGUCACCCAACAUCACGAACCCGCAGGCACUCAAGGACUACUACGCUUCUCUGAGCCUUGGUUCCAGCCACUUCAACAACACACUGGAGUUCCAACGCUUCGAGGUUAGAGAGAGCUGGGCCCAGCUCGGUAAACCCACCGACAAGAGCACGUGGGGAAUGACUGCAUCCACAGUCAAUGCCUACUACAACCCCCCGUACAAUGAGAUUGUGUUCCCGGCUGCCAUCAUGCAAUUCCCUCUGUUUGGGGAAGGCCUCCCCAAUUACAUCAACUACGCCGGCUUCGGCGCUGUCGCUGGUCAUGAGCUGAGCCAUGCGUUUGACAACAACGGCCGACUCUACGAUCUCAACGGUUACUUGAAAGAUUGGUGGUCCAACAAGACGAUUGAGGAGUUCACGAAGCGGGCGGAUUGCUUUGUCAAGGAGUAUAGCAACUUUACAGUCCAAGGCACCAACGGCACCAUCCACGUCAAUGGUGAGCAGACAUUGGGAGAGAAUAUUGCCGAUGCUGGAGGUCUCUCGGCCGCAUUCUCGGCGUGGCAAGCUCGCACCAAGGACACACCUGACCCGCACCUGCCUGGACUCGAGUUCUUUACUAAGGAGCAGCUUUUCUAUGUUGCUUUUGGCAAUGUUUGGUGCUCCAAAUACACUCCAGAGGCCCUCACUCAACGCGUUAUUGGUGAUGAACAUUCGCCAAACAUGUGGCGCAUUAUGGGCACCGCCAUGAUGAACUCGCGCGGUUUCAAACAGGCCUACAACUGCCCCAUCAAGGAGCCUACAUGCGAGAUUUGGUGAGGCGAGUUCGUUUGAUAUGAGGUAUUGGAAAAGAAACGGUCCUUUGUUCUAAUGUGGCCCUAUCCACGACCCCAGGCAGUGUAAACCUGAGGUCGAGUAUGUCAUUUAAUUUAUUAUUACAAUUCUUGUCUUUACCAAGUAACAGAAUACAAGUCAUUGGAUAGGCAA